GGUGGAGAUAAUAAAAAAAGGUCGCUACAAAUGGCAGUAAAAUAUGGCGAUAGGCUUUGAACACUGUCAACUUCAAUUCCAAAUUUUCCUUCCUAUUUAAUUUCUUCAUUGUUCUGGCAUUACCGCUUUCAGUUCCUCUUUUUUCAAAAAUAAAAAAAAUGGUAGCUUGGGAGCAUGAUAAUGGCGGUGGUGAAUUGAGCUACACGACUGGGUUUUUGAAUGAACCGACCGGAAAAGGGGAUCAAACCGAGUCAAGUAUCGUCAAGGAAGAGCCGGAUGAAGAAAUGAGGCUCUUUGAUGAUAUGAUUAACGGCGUCGGAGAUUGGAACAAUGGGUGGCCGUCAGCGAGUUUGCCGGAUGCUUUGCCGAAGCCAAUGGAAGGGUUAAACGAUUUGGGUCCGCCGCCGUUUCUGAGGAAAACGUUUGAAAUGGUGGAGGAUCCGAAAACCGACCCUAUUGUUUCAUGGAGCUCCGGUCGUAAUAGCUUCGUCGUUUGGGAUUGUCACCGGUUCUCUGAAAAUCUACUGCCUAAAUAUUUCAAGCACAAGAAUUUCUCCAGUUUUGUUCGUCAACUCAACACUUACGGUUUUAGGAAGAUUGAUUCAGACAGAUGGGAGUUUGCAAAUGAAGGGUUUCAAGGAGGAAGGAAGCAUUUAUUAAAAAAUAUUAAGAGAAGAAGUAGAUAUAAUAAGCAGCAACAACAAGGAGGAGUUAUAUGCAUUGAUAAUUCAACUAAUAGUAGAGUUGGAUUAGAAGCUGAUGUUGAGGUUCUAAAGCAAGAUCACACUUCAUUACAAAUGGAAGUAUCGAAACUUAGACAAAAACAAGACAACUCGAAUCAUCGGCUAAGCAUCGUUGAGGAGCGGAUUCAUUUGGCCGAGUGUAAGCAACGACGGAUGUGCAGCUUCUUAGCUAAAAUGAUCAAAUACCCCAACUUCAUUCAACAGUUGCUUCACAAAGGGAAAGAGCUUGAUCAUGGAAAGAAGUUUAACAAAAGGAGGAGAUUGCUUGAGACCCAAGUCACAACGAACCCUAUUGAAGAACCUAUGGACCCAAUUCAAGAUGAAGAGUUUUUGGUUUCCAUGGAUGAUAGGGUUGUACCAGAGAUGUCAAGAAAUGAAGAGGUAGAUGUGAAUGAUUCAAAGAUUUAUGUUGAAUUAGAGCAGUUGGUGAAUUGGAAGCCAUGUAGCUAGGGUGGGUUUCCAAGUGAGCCUGUGGAGCAAACUGGCUGUUGAAUAAUAUAUACAUAUUUGUGUGUAUGUAUAUGUAUAAUCUAUGCUCUUGUCAUGCAAGUGAUUCCUUAAUUGCAUGGAUGGGCGUUGGUCGCAUGCAUGAUAAACCCUUGAAGAUGAUGACAAAUUUCAUCUGAUUUUACCACUGUUUUCCAUUAGGUUGUAAAGAUUUCGGUCCUAUAUAAAAUUUGGAUUAUGCAGAAAGAGAGUAGAGUGUAGAUAUCGGUAUUUCACUAUACGAAAUUUAAUAUUUAAUUAACUAAA